GAGAGCAACGGGCGCACGGUAGCUACUUGAACGAAAACGGGGGAAGCUUGCUCAAGAACCGGCUGGUCUGUCGCACGGACUCAACAUGCCACAAUACAAAUGUUGAGCGUGGGUCGGAAACAGCGGUGUUUACCUUGUGAACGGCGUUUCUAAACGGCCACGCCCCGUAUCCACAGACCGGAGACCGUACAAAACUGCUGGCGGAGACGAAACAGUGAGCGGUUUGAAACCCAGCAGGGCGGCUAGCGGUGCUCACAGCGGAGAGGAAGCAGGAGUGUCGGCUGUGUUGGGAACCAUGAGAGAGUACAAAGUAGUGGUUCUCGGGUCCGGAGGGGUCGGGAAAUCUGCGUUAACCGUCCAGUUCGUGACGGGAUCCUUCAUAGAGAAAUACGACCCCACGAUAGAGGAUUUCUACAGGAAGGAGAUCGAGGUAGACUCCUCUCCGUCUGUCUUGGAGAUCCUGGACACGGCGGGGACGGAGCAGUUCGCCUCAAUGCGAGACCUGUACAUCAAAAACGGACAGGGCUUCAUCCUGGUCUACAGUCUGGUCAACCAGCAGAGCUUUCAGGAUAUCAAACCAAUGAGGGAUCAGAUCAUUCGGGUGAAAAGGUACGAGAGAGUGCCGAUGAUUCUUGUGGGAAACAAAGUGGACCUGGAGGGGGAAAGGGAGGUCUCGUCCGGGGAGGGGAAGGCGCUGGCGGACGAAUGGAACUGCCCGUUCAUGGAAACUUCAGCCAAAAAUAAAAUCUCGGUGGACGAACUGUUUGCAGAAAUAGUCCGACAGAUGAACUAUGCCUCCACACCAAAUGGCGACGACCAGUGCUGCUCGUCUUGUGUCAUUCUUUAAGAAAACGGGAACUGCAUAAAGUUUUAUUCCUUGCUCGGUUUUAAGUUUGCAAUGUUUGUUGCAGCAAGUGUGUACUGUAGAGCUCUUCUUCGUGUCUCACCCUGGCCUUGGAGAAAAAUACAGGGAGGAAUGCUGCAGGGGGACGAGUGAAGGAGGAGGGGAGCAACGGAGACAGAGGGAGGGGUUCCACUCUUCAGGAAUUUCUGCAACGGUUGGAGUAUCUCCGCUGCUCGAUGUGUGUCUGUCAUUGAUGCCACAAAGUGACAAGAGAGUUUCAGCGACACUUCUCUCACCUGUUCCAACCGUACUCACAACUGGAGCUAAACUCCAUUUGGAAAAGUUCUAGAGGGCAACACUUAAGAGACACUCAUAAAUGGAUAUUUCUGUAUACGAAGAAGACAGAGAGAGUAUAUUUUGUUAAAUAACUGCACAGUCUGGGGCGGGUAAGGAUUCGGGUGAUGUCUCUGCCUAACCCAUUUUUGGAGAAAUUCUCCGAAACACUCCAAAUCCUAUUUUUUUUUUUUUUGUCCAAAGUCAGAAGAAAUUGACACCACUCUUUCUGUUGGUGGAGUUAAACGUGAUGAGUGCCACUUAUUUUUUUUCCUUCAUUGCCUCUUCAGUGUGCGGGAGGACCUUAACUGAAGUGACAUGAGGACGAUGACCAGAUCGCCCUUAUGUCAAGUGCCUUUCCGAAACAUAACAGCCGUUAAGAUUUAGUGCCAACCAACACGUUUCUCCGAAAGAACCCUUCGUCACUGCAAUCCAAAAUCAAGUGAACUGUUCUUCUGCAUCGUAGAGGGGGAGGCUGAAAAGAAAAUGGUGGUUUCUGUAUGUUUUACGUUGGCCUUUUUCAAGUCCACAGUGUUAAUUUAGCAAUGUCUGCUUUUUUCAAAGGCCAAACUUUUAUCGUUAAAUGCACAGGUACUGGAAUCCUCUAUAGAUGUGUCGACAACAACAAACACUUACCUUCCAGUCCACCUUAAGUCAAGAUCUUUCUGUUCUGUUUAUUUUGUUGUUUUUAACAGGAAAUGUGAUGAUGUACCGUUGACAAAUCUAACCUGAUUGUAAGUUGAAUUUCAGAUCAGCCUUUUAACAGUGAGCUGACUGUUUAAAAAAAAAAGACUUUUAAUACAAAUGGAAUUUAAAACAAACAAAACCAGGCUAUGUUUUCUCUUUGUUGACAUCUACUUUUCAGAGUGUUAGUAUGUUGGGCUAAUAGCUGGUUAGCUGAUCCUAAACAAAGUUUGUCCUGAGCAGUUUGGACAAGAAUUUACCAUUGCUGUAACACCAGCUUAAUAUGUUUUAGCUGGAUUUCUACAAAUACCCAGAGUAAUACAGUGGUUCAAAACAUAAACAUCGGGUUGUAUACAUAAUUUACAGCCACUUCCUCCGAAAUCCCAAACUUUCACGACGUGUUAGAUAGUCGAGGAUAACCCUCAGGCUGACGGUUAGUUUGUUGAGUUUCAUGUUGACGAAUUUGCCAGGCACCAAAAGAAGCUUUAGUGAAAGCUGUGUAAGUUGUAACAUGAAAUCCGCUUCUAUUUUUCCACUGCAGCCUCGCCAUGUUUGUUUGUUUCUUCUCAAACAGACAACUUUGUGUGGUUAACGCUGGAACAACUGUUGCGUGGAAUCAAAAAAACUGCAAAAACAUGGUCUAGGGUGUAAACAUGAUACGACACGUUUUAAUAAAAGAUGAGUAACUUCCCUAAAGUCAGGCUGCUACAGGGUUGAUAUGAUAUUUGCAAUCUAAGCGGAGUGGUCACCCCAAACCGCAGGGAUUUGUGUAGAGAUAUUUUUAAAGUGCCUGAUGAGAUUUGUCUUUCCUGCCUCUAUGUUGAACCUCAGUUGUAUUUACCAAACUGCAUUUAAUCUACAGUAGAUAAAAGCACCUCUAUCUGUGUACCAUCCUCACAUGCAUUAAUAGACGAGGCCCGGCUCAGCAGCUCCAGAGGAACGUCUCUCGGCUGUGUGGGUGUAGUGUUUGAGCCCAGAGCUUCAGCCUGGGUUGAAGCGUGUGUGGGUGUAGUGGUGUGAUGUGGAGAGGCCUGUAUGACUGAACAGGCCCUGCUCCGCUUCUGUUUACCUACAGGGAUUACCGAGCCCUGGCUGGCUGGCUGGCUGGCUGGUCGGCCGCUGUAUGGCCUCGAGGGGAGAGAGUAAACAAACACAAGACAGGCUUCUCAUAGAGUCUUUCUGAGAGGAGAUGUGAGCUGGUUUUUUAAGCUUUACUUUCUGUUUAUGUUGUGUUGUGGAAUGUGAACUGUAUGUCUUAAGAGUCCGAGCAUACGUGUCGGCAUGUCACUGUUCCUGUUCAAGCUCCUACCACCUUGUGUGACAGUGUAGGCUUUGGGUAUCUGUGCCUGUUAGCCAGUGUAAGCAAUGGUAUAAUAUGUCUUCUUUGGCCAUGCCUGCACCAUGUGACCGCGGGGCAUGGGGAGGACAGGGGUGUUGGGGGGGGGGGGGGGGGGCAAUUCAGCAUCCAACAGGUGUGAUCAAGAGCAGGGCAAGGAGGCUGAAAUGUAAUUUAUAUGUAUAGCAUAGUUACUUUAUGGUCGAUCAUAACCAUAAUGUCAUUUUCAUUUCAAAUUCCAAGUGACUCCUUAUGUAAUCCCCAGUCUCCUUUGAUUUAUUAAUUUGCAAAAUGAUGGCAUACAAAGUUUUAUCAAUCUGUAUUAUCACAAUCUUUUCUGACUCAGUGAUGCUAAUAUUAAAUAUAUGUCUGGCCCAAGUGAA